AUGAAGGCCCCAAAAACGCCAGAAUACGAAUUCGGCGGCCCCAUCGGCGCCACAGGCAUCGUCUUUGGCCUUCCAAUUCUCAUGCAGCUUCUCUAUCUCGGCUGCAACGACGUCUCAGGAUGUCCCGCGCCAGCUCUUCUUGACCCAAAAACAUUGACGUGGCAGAAAUUCAAGGAACAAACGCCCUGGCCGAAAGAGGGCAUUUGGGGAUUCGUGAGCUGGGAGGUCACGGGGUGGCUUUUUGCUUAUUAUUUUAUGAGUCUGGUGCUUUAUCGCGUUUUGCCGGCGCAGGAGGUCUAUGGGACGAAAUUGAGAGAGUCGGGAAAGGCCCUCAAGUAUCGCUUCAAUUCCUUUUCCUCAAGUGUUGUACAGUUGGUGGCAUGUGCUGUUGGGACUUACAUCUAUGGCGCUGAAUUUCCAGUCUGGACCUUCAUGACCACCAACUACCUCCAACUCCUCACUACCAGCACCGUCCUAACCUUUAUCGUCUCACUCUACGUCUACAUCGGCAGCUUCUCCGUCAAAAAGGGCAAUUCCGAGUUGCGCGAGUUAGCUAGAGGCGGACACACCGGCCGCAUCAUCUACGACUUCUUCAUCGGCCGUGAACUUAACCCUCGCGUCACGCUUCCUAUUUUCGGUGAGAUCGACAUCAAGUCUUGGUUAGAGAUGCGCACUGCUCUUACAGGCUGGAUCUUGUUCAACUGUGCCUUUAUCGCUCAGCAGUAUCGCAACUACGGCUAUGUUUCUGACAGUAUACUGGUCAUCGCUACGGUGCAAGCUUACUACGUGCUUGAGGGUCAGUACUCAGAGCUUGGACUGCUGGGUAUGAUGGACAUCACACAAGAUGGCCUUGGAUUUAUGCUUACCUGGGGCAACAUGGUCUGGGUCCCCUUCCUAUACUCGACUCAGUGCCGCUACCUCUCUGUCUAUCCUGUUCAUCUGGGACCUAUCGGUGUUUCCGCUAUUGCCACUGUCUUUGCAAUCGGGCUGUACAUCUUCCGAUCCUCCAACAACCAAAAGGCUCUCUUCCGCAAAGAUCCCAACCACCCUGCUUUCGCAAACAUGACCUUCAUCCAGACCAAGCGUGGAACCAAGCUUUUGGCCGGCGGGUGGUGGGGAAUGGCUCGUCACAUCAACUACUUUGGCGAUUGGCUUCAGUCUCUUCCUUUUUCGCUCCCUACCAAGUUCGCUGGAUACGUGAUUCUGCCAGCUGGUAGUGCUGUAGCUGGAACCGAGGUCGUCAAGAUGCUGGAUGGUCGUUUGGUGACUCCGGAUGGCGCUGCGCCUUGGGGCAUGCUGUUUACUUACUUUUACUCGGCUUGGUUUGGGUUCCUGCUUAUUCACCGGGAGAGAAGAGAUGAUGCUGCUUGCAUUGAGAAGUAUGGCAAGGACUGGGAUGAGUAUAAGAACAAGGCACUGCGAUUCGCUGAUCAGCAGCGAUGCACAGAAGAGGCCACUCACGCAAAUGAGCUGUUCUGCCUCUUGCAUGCAAGGCAAGCCCACGGCCUAUACAUUGGCUACAAGAGGCGAAAUGCUCAGCUUGAUGCUCUCGAUAAAGAUCCGCCUGCUUAUCUAGCAGAGACACAUGUCCCGCUAGCCAACGAUGACUUUAGCGGUGUCAGCGACAGUAAAGAGAUGGAGGAAGUUGUUGAUCAUCUCCACGUUAAAUGGAACACCCUCAACCGAGUCAUUGAAGCUCGCAGAAAGCAUCACGCUCAUUUCUACUCAAUCAGCUACGACUAUGGCCACCAGGCAUAUAUCGACAAGCUCGUCAGUCAUCGUCACAUCGUCCUUCUGGCCCUUGGUCGAGCCCGGAAGCGACUUAUGGCUAUUCUGUACAAGAAAGAGCAAUGGUACUCAUGGGUGCGCGAUGCCCAAGACGACGAAGAAGCAAACCGCGAGAAAGAGCAGAAGAAACUCAAACAGGAAGCUGCUCUGUUCAAGCGUCACAUGAAGCAGAUGGAAGCUAGAAUGGAAUUAAUGCGCAAGAGGGAGGAGCAGAAACUUCAAGAUGCCUUCCUUGAAGAAGCAUACCGAGAGCGCAUGGCUAUGAACGAAGACGCAGAUGACGAGGCCUGGGAUCCUAUUGAGGAUAUGGAGGAUGAGCAGAGACACCGAUACAUUGACUUGAUCAAGCACUUCUUGUGGAUGGAAGUUGAAGUCGAUGAAGCUACUGCUGAGAAGCCCGUUUCAACUGAUGCAUCGUCGAGCAAACCUGCAGAAGAACCUGCACCUGCCGAGGAGGUCCCCGCGCCUACCAAGAAGCUGAAGAACAAGAAGAAGAAUAAAGGGAAGAGUAAUGCUGCUGCCAACAGCUCACCACUGGAAGAACUUCAGAAUCUUCUUGGACAAAAGAAGCUCCUUGCCAUGCAGGCCAGCGGCAAGCAUAGCACCGAGACUGAGCUAAAGGAGCCGGAUAAGAAGAACAUCGAGACUGAGGAUGAGAUGAGAAAGCGACUGAGUCAGGGCGUCAAGAAGAACCUGGACAACAUCUCUGGCAUGCAACUCGUCGGUACCAUCGAAAACCCCCAUGAGACAUGGGACAAGACUGCUCCAAUGGAAGACGACGAGAUUGACGAAUUAAUCCGAGACAUUCGGGAGAUCAAACUCCUCCUCUUCUGCCGUCUAGUCCUCUUACAGGCAUCUCUCCUCCCCGCUGCCCUCCGAGCCUCAACUGUCCAAGAAUUCCUCGAUGACACUUCCGUCACAGAAGCUGAUCUCCGAGAUCUCUGCCUCAAGGUCGCUGAACCAACUCUGCAAGACAUUCGCGACGCAUGUGCCGAUUUCGCCCGUGGCGACAAAGCAGACGAUGACCUCCCCGUCCAAGACGUAGACGACGACGAUGACGAUGAAACUAUGGAGGAGCUUUUGCAAGGUGAUAAGCGAUAUCAUCAUCUUCACACUGAUGAUUGGUUUAAAGAACGAGUGAUCAAAGAAGUCGAAAGCCAUCGAUUUAAGAAAAAGGCCAAGAAAUCGAAGCGUCAGAGAAAGACAAAGGUUACCAUCUGUGGCAAGAGUAUCUGGAAUCAUGCUAGUGAAAAUGCCAUGUCUCGCGAUGGAUGGCUCCAAUUCUCCGUCAUGGCCAAGGACUGCGAUCUAAAGCAUGCUAUCCAACUUUGCAGAAACUGGUCCGAGUUCUCUGAUCUUAACCUGCUCACGUUGUGGCAGUACUUCCCAGCAUCGAACUGGACGUCCUGGGGCCAAGACCGCUUCAUGCAGCAGCUCCAACAGCUAGGCUUCUUCCCCUACUUCACUGACUUUGAUGCAGACAAGUAUAGUCACCAUCAUCAAAUCGGCGGACGAAGCCAAGGUCGUCGCCAGCAUGAUAUCGUUGAGACGAGGAACAUUCUCGUUGGAAACAUGAAGCGGAAUGAUCCUGUUACCAGACGCUUUCUGCAGUAUCUUCUCAUGCGGAGGGGAGAGCUUCUUGUCAUGGUGCGGGAUGGCAAGACUGGGCGUGUCAUCACUGCGCCGGAUGAUGAGCAACUCUGGACAUAUCGGAAGAAACAAGGGCUUGGAAGGGCUUCGAAGAAUGAUUGGUUUAAUAUUCUAGAGGUUGGGCCUGAUUUUAUGAAGCUGACGGAUAUUCUGAGAGAGUGGAGGUUUGGAUUUGAUGACUACUAUGAUGUGUUUAUCUGGGACUUUGUACCCGGCGAGCCACACAUGGACCUCUACAACAUUGUCGUCAUGGAACUUCGUAAUGCCUGGCGUAUGAGAACACCUCGCGACAUGUACGUCCACAUGGAAUCUCUCCUCCGCAGCCUCCACCGCAACGAAAAUACCAUGCGCACCCGCCAGAUCAAACCCGGCGAGAACCUCAAAAGCCUUUGGGACACCAUCGCAGACGAAAGAUCAGAAUUCCGACUCUUCGACGUCAGCAACAAAAAAGUCACCAUGCGCAAAGACACCGAACUAGCUGAGUCGCCAUACAUGUUCUACAACAAAGCCAACGAAGUCGAAGACGCUAUUCUCUUCCCUGACGAACUCACCUCUGACAGAAAGAGUGUUGCGUUUCGGGAGAUUAGGAAUGGUGUUGCGAGUAUCGAGGAUGGCAUUCUGCCUAGUACGGCUAGACACUUUGUCAAGGGGCUGGAGGCUAUUAAUAAGGGGAAGGAUCCGAUGAAGGCGAUGCGUAUGGCGAAGCAUGAUGAUGAGAAUAAUAUUUGGGGACUACCUAAGGUCUGGGAGACGGCGCUUUUGCAGGCGAGGAGUGAUAAGUUGAAGAAAUCGCAAAGGGCACUUCUUCAGCGGACGGGGCUGUUGAAUUCGUAUAAGACGCUGUCGUAUGAUCGACGACUUGAGGAGUCUGAUCCUAUGGAGAUGAUGGAACGAGACAGGGCUUUUAGCUUCAAGGAGUCUUUCCACGCUGGAGAUCUCGAACCAGGGUACAACGCCAAAUACAACCUCCUCCAAGAAACACUCCGCGCUAUGCUCAAGACGCCUCACGUAGGUUCAACAGAUUGGAUCUUUUUCAUAGCCGAGAUUCUCGAGUGGCUUGACCUUCGCGGCGAUUACGACGACUACGUCCAGGAUCCGCAGUAUCCCUGGCCACAUAGCUUCAUCGUGCAAGACAUCGUCCAAGCCUUCGCCAUGAUCGCUAUGUUCUUCCCAAACUCGGAUGUAGCAAAGCUACCAACCAUGUUUGUCAACUCAAACCAGUGCGACGAGUUCAGAAAAUCAGGAGUCUUUGAUCCCAGGGAACGAAGCAAAGUGCGGCCUGAUCGAAGGACCAGAACGAGCUAUAAAUUUAGGGAGAAGGAGUUCUGGAAGGAGUGGAAGGAGUUUUAUAAGACGGAGAGAUACUUUGGGGAUGUGUACCCCAUGGAAUGGAGUCUCGCAGUCCGUCCUAUCAUCGCUCAUUUGUAUCAAGCUGGUGUUAUAGGCCCAGCGUACAUGCAGAACCAUCCUGAAGUUGUUCUCGGCAUGGUAACAGCCAACACCGAACCCCACCGCCCCGACAAACUCGACCUCUUCAUCAACUACCAAGACCAAUACGGCAACUUCCCCAUGAAAUACCCCCCCAGCUUCGUCGACCCCUCCAAAUGGCCCGAAGUCAUCCCUACCGCCCGCACAUUCUCCGCAAAGCAUCCCACCGCCCGUUUCGCCCUUCUGCGUCUCUGGUCCGCACCGCACUACUACCCCUUCAUGGUAGGCAUUUCCAACCGCAGAAACACAAGCUUCCUCGAUAGUCGCGGCCGAUCGUGGGAGUGGAAGUUUGUCCCGAAAGAUAUGCCUGGUAGUGAAUUCAGUGCGCACCACACCACGGGGAAGAGGCUGGAUGUGCUGAAGGAUAAGUUUGGGGAUAGGGUUGUGCAUAGGGGGGAUUUGAUAUUGGUUAUGGGGGUGGAUGAGGAUGAUUUGUUCAGGUUUUGUACGGCUGUUACGUUUGCGAUGCAGACGAAGCCGUGGUUGAGGGAGAUUGACCUCUGGAAGAGCUUUAUCAACGUGGACUUUGAGUUUCUGCUCGACUUGGAGUCUUUCUGGCUGGAUUAG